CAGAGAUUGGAUUCCCUUGACAUAGACAAAUUGAAUCCUUGCCCCUUGAGCUUCGAGACGAUUUGGAGAGGGGACUAUGUCUGGAGGCUAUUCUGCAGACAAAAAGGCCAAGGUGGUGCUGAUCAAUGCAGAGAGACUGGACUUUGAUCACAAGCUGGAUCUUUCGAAGCUCUCAGCCAUUGCAGACGUGACUCGUUAUGAGUCUGAUGCAACACCAGAAGAGAUUAUCGAGAGAGUGCAAGGUCAGGAUAUCGUCAUCUCCAAGGAGAUUCCAGUCCCGGGCCACAUCAUUGCAAAGUUUCCUCCUUCAGUUCGUCUAAUCCAGGAGGCCGGCACCGGCUUCAACAAUGUGGAUUUGGCUGCAGCGAAGGAGAAGGGUGUCAUGGUUUGCAACUGCCCUGCGUACAGCAGCGAUGCCGUUGCACACCUGGUUCUUACGCUGAUUCUGAAUUUCUCUUGCUCCUUGGUCCCCCAGAUGCGUAUGCUUCAGAAAGGCAAUCGGGACAACUUCACCAAAUCGCUCCAGGUUCCCCAUUUCGAACUUCAGGGAAAGGUUCUGGGACUGAUUGGUGGCAGUGGUGGCAUCGGCAGCAAGGUGGCAGCUCUUGCAGAGGCGAUUGGCAUGAAGGUUGUCAUUACAAGUCGAAGCCCAAAGCCCAAUGCGCUACCUCUGGAGGAGCUGCUGCGGACAAGUGACUUCAUCAGCUUGCACUGCCCUUUGAAUGCGGACACCAAGCACUUGAUCAACAAGGACACACUGAAGCUGAUGAAGCCAACUGCUUACCUCAUCAACACAGGCCGUGGCUCCUUGAUUAAGGAGCCUGAGCUCAUUGAAGCCCUGCAGAACAAGACGAUCGCAGGUGCUGGUUUGGAUGUGCAAGAGACAGAACCACCGGCAGCGGACAAUCCUUUGUAUAGCUUGGAGAAUGUCAUUCUGACACCGCACAUUGGCUGGAAGCGCUUGGAGACGAGGCAGAGGCUCAUGGACAUUGUCGCAGACAACCUGACAGCCUAUCUGUCAGGAAAGCCGGUGAACGUCGUUCCGACCUGAAUUUGAUGGAAGCUUGGACAGUGUGGCAGGAAAGUCAC